CCCCCGCCGGGCGGCCAGGGCGGGGAGCCGGCACAACGCGCCGCGCCGCUCGGCAACAGCAUCGGCGGGUGCGGGGCUGACACACGCCUCCAUCCUCCUCUCCCCCGGUAGCCGCUCGCACACGCCUCGCCGCGGCGAGGGAGGCCGGCCGGCGGGCGGAGCGGAGCGGGGGGCGCCGCGGCAGACAAAGCAAAGAUGGCAGGGAUCCUCGCCUGGUUCUGGAACGAGCGGUUCUGGCUGCCGCACAACGUCACCUGGGCGGACCUGCAGAGCACGGAGGAAGCCGCUUUCCCGCAGGCGGAGGACCUCUACCUCGCCUUCCCCCUGGCCUUCUGCAUCUUCAUGAUCCGGCUGCUCUUCGAGAGAUUCAUUGCUAAACCAUGUGCCUUAGGCCUUAAAGUCCAAGCCAAUGGACCACAGAAAGCUCAACCUAAUGCUAUCCUGGAAAAAGUUUUCACAGCUAUUACAAAGCAUCCAGAUGAGAAGAGGCUGGAGGGCCUCUCCAAGCAGCUGGACUGGGAUGUACGCAGCAUUCAACGUUGGUUUCGACAAAGACGCAACCAGGAAAAGCCCAGCACUCUUACAAAGUUCUGUGAGAGCAUGUGGAGAUUUACAUUUUACCUUUAUAUAUUUACCUAUGGAGUACGGUUCCUGAAAAAGACACCCUGGCUCUGGAAUACCAGACAGUGCUGGAACGGGUAUCCGUAUCAGCCACUGAUGCCUGACCUUCAUUAUUACUACAUAGUUGAAUUGUCAUUCUACUGGUCCUUAAUGUUUUCUCAAUUCAUUGACAUCAAAAGAAAGGACUUUGGCAUCAUGUUUACACAUCACAUUGUAACAGUCACCCUGAUAACCUUCUCAUAUGUAACCAAUUUGACACGAGUGGGAACCUUGACCUUAUGUCUCCAUGAUGCGGCUGAUGUUGUCCUGGAGGCUGCCAAAAUGGCAAACUAUUGCAAGUGUCAAAAACUGAGUGACCUUCUGUUCCUUACAUUUGCCAUUGUCUUCAUUGUCAGUAGACUUGGCAUAUAUCCCUUAUGGAUAUUAAAUACAACAUUGUUUGAACUGUAUGAAGCUCUGGGCAAUUUUCCUGCCUUGUGGGUCUUCAAUGUGCUGCUUGUGAUUCUCCAAAUUCUGCAUUGUUUUUGGUCCUACCUAAUCAUAAAGGCAGCCUACAAAGCUAUUUCAAAGGGCAAGGUAGCAAAGGAUGAUCGAAGUGACAUUGAGUCAAGCUCAGAUGAGGAAGAAUCAGUACCUCGUUCAAAGACCCCACACAGCACUAUCACCACUAAUGGGACCAGUGGUGCCAAUGGGACAAAUGGGUAUCUUACUGGUGGCACUUGCUCAGAGGAGCAUUAAUCUUUGAGUUCAAUCAUGAGACAUGAACAGAAUGAACUGUUUGCUACUGGAAGUAAAUUAUAAGUUGUGAAUGCGGUUUAUUCAUGUAUCUUGGCAUCAGAAAAAAUUAGGAGUAUCAAAAGCAUUCUGAUAGCACACUGCCAUAUUUCCUGUUUGUGAAUGAAGACAACACACCAUUCUGUAUACGUAGGCAUGCUGUAUGUGUAUGUAACUGACACAGUGGGAGCAGUAUUUUCACUUGUAUUGUCUUUGAAAUAUUAUUUAUUUUGCAUUCUUUUGGGAACUUAUGGACAAAAGGGAAUAUCCAUUCUCAAACUUUAUCUCUUGGGAUUCUCAGUGGUGGAGAACAUCAUGUUCAGAUCUCUUCUGUCCAUCCCUGUUGCUUUUGCUGAGUCUGAUAUAAGCAAUAGUUGCUUGAUUUGUUACUUACAGUAAGAUAGAACAUAGCUUUAUAGAUUCUAGAUCUGCUUCAGAUAUUUUUGCAAUCUUUGUGUUUUAAAGUGCUGAUUUUGAAAAUGCCUAUCAAAUCACAUUGGCCGUUCCUCCAACAGAAAGUUUUAAAACACUGGAUUGAUAUUUUAAAUAGUAGGUAAUGUGGUCAAUUAGAAAUUCAGGGAAAAAUACUGUGGUAAUCUUUGAAUAUUAUUUUAGCAUAAUUUAAAAUGCAAUUUGGUGGUUAAUUGCAUUAGAAGUAGACUUGAUUUGUUGUGCAAAUACCCAAACGCAUUGAUAUCAACAGGAUAAACUCAUUCUCACUUUUUUUUUUUCCUUGCAAUUUUUGACCUCUACAGAUGUUAGCUUUUUGCAGAGAUUCCAGGCUGAAAGAUGUUUGUUGAAGUGCACCAUUGUGAAUCCAGACCUCACUCCUGAAACUGUUCUUGCACGCUCAGAUGGAUGAGAGCAGGGAUGUAAGGGAAAAAACAGCAAAUGAAAAGUUUACUCUAGGUAUCAUUCUUAAAAUUAUUACCACUUUCUUGGUAGGGUGAAGAGGGAGGAGGCAGGAUGUCAUACAUUACUACAAGUAGUUUAUUUUAAAUGCAUGAAAACUUGAGCAAAUUUCACUUAACAUAAUUCACAGCAAACUUUGAACACUCAGCAGUAUUUCAUGACCUCUCCAAAUAAAAUUAAGGGUAUCUGUAAAAUAAUUUUGCACUCCUUUUUCAUUCAACAUUUACAAACUGUGUCUCAAAGAAGACAAAGUAACACCCAAAAUGAACAUAUUUUUAAACAUUAUAUACACGCUUCUUCCAGUCUCUAGAUCAAAGUUUGAUGUAGGAUGCUAAGGAUCAUACAGUUCUUGCAGGAUGCUUUUCUGUGAUUUGUGACAGCAGUGCCAAAAGUAGGUGAGGUUCUUGGGUAACAGACUCUAUGCAACCUACUGUUCAACAGUAUUGUGUAUGUGCACACUGAACCAAUGUGCUUAUAGACCAAAGACUUAUAUAUAUAUUUAAAAAAAAAACUAAGUUUAAAAAAAAAAAAAAAAAGGGAAGGAACAAACCAGGAAAAAAAAAAAUGUAACAGUGUGUCUUCUAUAUACAAAGGGACUGGAGUGUCGUGUUCAGCUGGAAUUCUAAGCCAGGAAAUCUUUCUGAUUCCUUCCACCUAUGCAAAUAGCAAAAUAUAGAUGGUUUCCAAUGCCGUAAAACAUGUUUAAAGGCUCUAUUUUAUACAAAUUCCAUUGAAGAAAGUUGUGUUGCCACGUCUUGCUUUUGAAAAAUGGAGAUUUGUCCUAUUCUACUUAUCACUCUUGAAAACUUCUGAAACGUUUAUUAUCCAUAGGGACCCUUGUGUGUUUGCUAAAAAUAUGCUAAAAGUAAGGGCAGAAUAGCAUGAAUUAAAAUAAUACCUCCAUUUAGUAGACAAUUAAGGUAAGGAACCUGAAAAAUAGUAAAUCGUGGAAGAAGAUCUGUCAGUUUUACUACCCACAGAGCAUCUUUUGAAAAAGCUGGGUAACCUUGUGAUCCAGCAGCUGCAUGGAUCAUAUGUCCAUGAGUAUAUCUGAGGGAGUUCAGAUACACAGAUAAAUAAGACUCCCUUGUCUUAUUUAAAUCUCCAUCUCCCCUCAAAAUUUUCUCUGCCUCUAAUUUUUCUCAUCUGUCUCCUGUGCCUCUGAUUUAAUACAGUUAUCUGUAGGGCAGGUUACACAUGAAAAUACACUUAUUGCAAUAGAAAGUAUUCCAAACACAGUAUUUGAAGUGGUAGUUGUUUAAUACUUACUGUCAAGAUGAUGCCAAGAUUAUAAAACAAAACCAUCCUGAGAUAUAUUGAAUGAACAUUAUAAUUUCUGAAAUCUGGCCUGCUAAGACUGUAAUUGAGAAUAGCAGUUCAAACACACCUCUUUUUAUGGUGUUAAUUACUACCUCCCCUGGACCACUUCCCUUCUGCAAAGAGGGUUACAAAAAUAUUUUGUCCUACAUGGGAACAGAACAUUGCUCUGAAGUAUCAAUGUACACAACUUGGACAGCAUACUGUAAUGUUGUUGUUACCAGGACAGAGAGCAGUUCCCCAUAAGAAUUCCUGUGCAAGAGGCAGGAGACCAUUGGUCCCUGUUGGUCCUCCCCACCUGUGUUCUACAGUGUUGAUUCAGAUGUAUAGUGAAGGCUACAACCCUUGAGAUGAGAUGAUUUACCACUUCUGGCUACAUAUGCUCUUAGUGUAUCCCCACUGUUAAAUAAUGCAACUUGGAUUGAAACUCUUCCUUUGAGGUUUAAAUUUAGUUGCAUUUAUGAUGUGCUAAAGCAUGUAUGCAGUUACCAUGGUUCAGCUGACUCCCAGUGGCUUAGUUAUCUCCUAUAAACCUGACUUUUUGGACUCCAUUCUUUGCAGUCUAGAAUAAACUUACUACAGGAAAAUAGAUGAGAUGAGAUGAGAUGUUCAAAUUACACAUUUGGUAAAAUGGGCUAAGAGUAAGGAAGCAUUGAGAAUUUCACUAAACUUUGCUAAACAAUCACUAAACUUUCAAGCCACAGGUUUUUUAUGAAAAUUAAAAAUUCACACAGUUUUGUCUGUCUCUACUGGGAAGGACCAAGUGUUUUAGUGAUCAUAUAUGACAGUGUGUUUUGAUUCAUUGCUUUAACCAAUGGAUGUCAAAACUUUGGCUUCAUCUUCCACUCAGCAGAGAGAAUGUCAUACAACUGUUUCAUUUUUUAUUUGAAUUUGUUUGCUUCUCUGCCGAAGAGCUUUGCAAGGUGCUUUUGAAGACCAUCAAGUAUUUAGAGAAUAAUCGCACAUAUUCCAUGAAAUUGAAAUGAUGCACAUGGCUUAUGAUAAAUUCAAGAUCUUAAAAGGUUCUGUAUAUUCGUAUCUUUUGUAGAAUCAUCAUUUUAGUCAUUUUAGAAAUGAGGCUUUGUACUCUAUAGCCUAUUUGUCUUCAACUUCUAUGCUCCCUUUUUAUAGUACAGUACACGACACAGUGGUUGAGAUGUUGAAAUAGAAAAAUGAGGAAAUUAUACACAGAGUUUAUUAGUAAAUAGAAAGAAUUUGUCUUCUCUCCCUAGCCAACCCAGAAUAUAGUAAAAUAAGAUUCAGGUCUCCCUUUGUUUACUGUUUCCCAUAUUGGCAUAUUUUGUACCAAAAUAAUUUCUUUUUUUCAUAAAAAAAAAAAAAAAAAAAAAACUAAAAACAAACAUUGCAGAAAAUGGUGGAAAUAUCUGAUCGAUCAACAAGAGUGGACGUUGGAGUCUUUUGGAUCUCGAUCAAUGUUCAAUAGUGCUAGUUCUAAAAUACCAAAGUGUCCCAUGUUGUUUCCUUGUUGUCAUUUUGUAGUUUUUUCUAUGUGUUAUUUAUUUAAUGAUUCCAGCAGGAUUGGAACAGGUGUCACAGCUUCUUAUGCUCCUGUCUCAGCCUGUGACCAUUCUGUGUGAUUGCCAAUACCAAAUCCUUUUUCUGAGACCCAAGUACAUGCACUAAAUCUUUGCUUACAGUGAAGUGAUUCUUGUCUUAAAUCUGUAUCUCUUUCAGGUGAAAAUCACUUUCUGGUUCUGAAUGGGACACAACGGCGAAAGCCAUUACCCUUCAGCAAAUGUCAGUGAUGAUCAACACUGGUUGAUUUAGACACUGCAUGUGUUUUAUGCAGAGUAGUAGGAAGCCUAAUGCCUGUUUCAUUCAUCUUCUCAUUACUGCAGCCUUCCGUAUUCUCAGAGAAACAUGGGCUACCAUUGGUUUUCUACAGUUGAUGCUUUGGUAUUUUUUUAAUCUCUUUGCUACAACUCAUUUUUGUAUGUCUCCUAUUGUCUACUUCUUCUGACAUUUGUGCGAGAGGAGCUAUCGAAUACUUUUUACCCUUCCUGUAACAUAGACCCUAUUAGGCCUAAAUUCAGUGUUCUGCAGACUACAGUUGCCUUCAAACCAUAAAGCAAAACUGGUUUGUAUUACUUCUUUUGACUGGUUUUGAUUUGAAACAGAGACCUAAUGGGAACUUCAGUAAGACAACCUUACUUUUUUUUCUUUUCUUUUUAAAAAGCGCUAGUGGAAGUUUGGAAAAGUGGUGUACAUGUAUAGCCUUUAAAUUGUAAGGAUUUCUGAUUGUAGUUGCAAUGAAAACACAGUGUUUGAGUGUGUCUGUACAAAAUUUUCAGUCUUAGAAAUUGAUUUCAACUAAGAAACUAUGAAACGAUGUUUUGGAGAUAUGUCAGCGAUCACACAUGUCAGACAAAAGACAAAAAUUAUUGUCUUACACAACCUAAAACAAUUUGUGCAACAGACCACAUUUUCUGGCUUCUGUUGAGCUUCAGCUUCUUGCAGUCCUGGAGUUUAACUUUUAUACAUGAGCUCUUAUAUUGUACUGUGCAUAUUGACUGCCUGUUGCAAGUCAGGGUGAGGCAGAUGACACUAUUUUGCCUGUGUUUUCAUGACAAUCCUGUGCUUGAGCAACUCUUUCAGAAAUGCAGUGAUGUGUAGGAACUCCACUGUCCCAGACACAGUGAUGUGCUAGCUAGAAGUCCUUUCAUAUAUAGCUGUUGUGUAGAACUUUGGGAGUUACUUUCUGUUUAACUCGGUUGGUUUGGUUUUUUUCUAAUAUGGAAAAUAAUUACUCCUCAUAAAAUAUCUGGAACCAGUCAGUAUUGUGGGCCAUUUUAAUUUGGAGACACUUUCAUAAUAAACAUAAGUAUUAGGAA